CAAUUAGAUUACAAUAUAGGCACGGUAUGUAAAAAUUGUUUUUUUUUUUCGUUCAGGAGCAGCGGUCAGUUGCGCAACACGCUGAGCCGCGCUCGUGAGCUGUGCGAGCGAUGGCGGAGCGGUGGUGGAGCGUCGCCGGCGCCGCCUGCCCCCCCUCCCGACGACGAGGGAGGGGGGCGCCUGGCCAGGUGGUUCAGCGUGCGCAGGGGCUCCUCGCACCAGUACGACAUGCAUGGACACGAGACGGACAAGAUGCCAAAAUUACCAGAGUUGGAGGAGGACUUGUUCUCAUGCGGGGGCGAAGUGCGAGGGGGCAGGGUCCCGCCGCCGUCGCUGGGCGCGCCGCCGGACUCGCUGUCGCCGGUGCAGCUGCGGCGCCGGCACGUGGUCGCGGCCAUCAUACACAGCGAGAACUCAUACGUCGCUACACUGCAAAGGCUUAUCAAUGACUACAAGAAACCCCUCGAGGAGAGUAGCCCAGCGAUUCUGAACGCAAGUAAAAUCCAGACUUUGUUCCACCGGCUGCCUGACAUCCUGCAAUGCCACCUACACUUCCGCACUGCGCUCGCUGACUGCGCGCGAACGUGGGACCGCGAUGAAAAAAUAGGCGAGGUCUUUUUGAGCGCGUUCUCAAAGGCCGUGGUGCUCGACGUGUAUUCGGACUUCAUCAACAACUUCUCUGUUGCCAUGGAGCUCGCUAAGAUCGAGUCGAAGCGCAAGUCAGCGUUUGCUGACUUCUUCAAGGUCAAACAGAUCAGCGCUCACGACCGACUGUCCUUCUUUGGCCUGAUGGUGAAACCCGUGCAGAGGUUUCCACAGUUCAUCAUGUUUUUACAGGACCUUCUAAAACACACUCCCCCGGGCCAUGCUGACCGCGUCUCCCUCCAACGUGCCUUGACGAGGCUAGAAGCCCUAGCCGAUGCCUUGAACGAGAGGAAACGAGAUGCUGAGAGGACACAGGCUUUCCGCGCGGCAUUGCGACGGCUAACGCGCGGCGGUGUAGCGGGCGCAGGGGGCGCUGGUGGCGCCGCGCGGUUUGGUGCCGCGCGACUACUCGCCUCGAGAGCCGACAAGCGGCAUCUGUUGCGGCAAGACGACUUGCUGCAGUUGGAGUUCAACCAAUCUGGUGGUCUAACAAAAUGCAAGCCGCGUCGUCUGCUCCUACUGAACGACCUAGUGGUGUGUGUGUCAGUGGGUGCGGGGAGUGAUGACGCCGAGCGGCUCGGCCUCAAGUGGGCGCAUCCAGUGCAAGACGUCGAGGUGCUAGAUACUGGCACCUCGCCUACGCUUAGCAGGGUGCUCGCUCAAGGUAUGAACCGCAGCGGCAGUCUACGAUCAAACUCGAGCAGUAGCGUCCCGUCCACGUCAACAGGUGACUCCCUCUGUAGUGAGAUGUCGGCGUUGAUGCACGACUACGAGACGGUGUCCCGCAUGGCCGACCUCGCCGCCUCGCUGCGCAUGCCCUACCCCGAGCUAGGAGCUGAUACGUUUAAAGCGCUGCUGCAGAACAUUCAGCAAAGCAUACAGAAAAAAGACGACGAGAUGGCGUGGGUGGACUCAUGCUGUCUACAGCUAACCAUCCGCGGUCGCGAGGAGCCUUUGACCUUCCGCGCCAACGAGCCGGGCGCGAGGCUGGCGUGGGCCACCGAGCUGAGGCUGGCACAGCUGGCGCAGGCCUCCGCCAACUCACCCGCCUGGAGGUUCCCCUCGCAACAUGCGCCUGCGCAUAAAAUGCCGCUGUUCGUCGCGGCAACGCCCGUGUAUUCGUCACGGCAACUUACCGAGGUCCGCUGCGGGUGUUUCUACACGUGUCGCGGCGGCGGGCGCGGCGCCCCGCUGCGGCGCGCGCGCUCGCUGCUGUGGGUGAGCGCGGCCGGCGCCUGCGACAGCCACGUGGCCGUGCUCACGCACCGCGCCGCCAAGCUCAAGACGCUCGUCACGCUCGACCUGCCCGACACCAAGGUUACCUCAAUGGAAUUCGCACGUGGUGUACGACAAGUAACAACGUUAAGUGGCGACACUGUAUGGCUCGGUACCGAAGAUAAGAAAAUUAUCAUAUUCUCAGCAAUUGAACCCGAAAAACAAGAGAAGUUAUCAGAAGUACCCACGAUCGCGUCCAUCACGCAGAUUCGAUACCAUUGCGAUGCUAUGUUCGUGGGCCUGUCUAACGGGCGCGUUUCGGUGUACCGGCGGAACCACGACGACUCGUGGGCGCUGCAGGAGCCGCUGGCCAUCGAGCUGGGUGACCGGCCCGUGUACUGCGUGUUGCCUGUCGACGGCAUCAUAUACGCCACAUGUGGCCGCCGCGUGUUCGCUAUCAACGCGCUCACCGCUGAAAUCAUGCGCAUAUUAGAACUCAAAGGUGACGGUGACCGAUCUGUAAAGUAUCUAGCGCACUCAGGUGUCGGCCUCUGGACUGCUUUCUCAGAUUCGACGUACGUGAGUUUGUAUCACGCUGAAACUUUUGAACACCUGCAAAACAUUGACAUCGCAGCUGACGUUGCGAAGACGAUCGGCGCGCGGGAAGGAAGCAAACCAGCAUACGUAUCAGCCCUGCUGGCCUGUCAGGGCCUGCUGUGGGUGGGCACGACGGCCGGCGUCAGCGUGACCGUGCCCCUGCCCAAGCUGGAGGGUUUGCCGCUCGUGGGCGGACACAUCGCCGCCUCAUAUCACGCGCACGCCGGACCCGUGUCCUUCUUGCUCUCGCUCAUGCCGGAGACCAGAGAUGUGGACGUUAAUACGGUGCGGCGGAAUCUUUCCAACGCUCGCGCCCUCGCCGAAACCGUUAACACACUCCAAGAGUUUAAGGAGGAAGAUGGCAAAGAAGACACAGAGAAACCUAAGCUGGAGAGAAGAAUAUCAGAAGAAGCCAGCCCAUACAGACCACAACGUGUCCAGUCUGCUGUGGUGCGACGGAAGAAACCAGGUGACGUUAGGCUUAGUAAGACUUUACCAAAGUGCGCAAACCUGAAUGCAUGCGACGUAUACGGUCUCUACGGAGAUCUGAUGUUCGUAAAAGACUGCGUGGGAGAAGCAGACGUGAAUGGGUCGGGAGGCGAGGCGCUGCGGCGGAGCGACCCCGAGCUGGCCGCCAUCCCCUUCCGCGUUAGCACGCUGGACCGGCGUCUGCGCAUGCGCGCCGGCCGGCCACGCAGCCUGGACCUGUCCAGCUGGUCGGUGGACUCGCGCGCGUCAAGCCUGUGCACGUCGUCGGGCAGCGAGGAGUCCAUGGCCCUGCGCGGCGUGUCUCGCACCAGCUCGGGCGCGUCGGGCGCGGCGGCGCUGGCGCCGGUGGCCGUGUCCACGCCGGACUCGGGCUCGGCCAAGUCCAGCGGGUCUGAGCGCUCGGAGCGGAUAGGAAUGCGCGCGGACGCGGGCGAGCCCCGCAGCGCGGCGCGCAGCCUGCGCGGCGCGGACUUCGUGGUGGGCGAGGGCGCGGCGCGGCGCUCCGUGCUCACGGUGGUGGGCGGGCGCGGCUACGUGGACUGGCGCCAGACGGCGGACGCGGCCGAGCGCCCGCAGCCCGCCGCCGACCCCAACCCUAAGGACGCGCACCUCAUCCUCUGGGAGAUGCGCUUGUGACCGCCGCGGCAUCCGCUCGCCCAUCUUCCCACGGAUGUAGUUUUGUACUUCGCGAUUUAUGUGUCAUAUUUAAUUUGUCAAUGGCCUGUAAAUAUAGUGCUAAUUUUGUAGACUCGUAAGGUUUCCUCGAAUGAAAAUACGAUGCUACAACACCGACACGUCCGUUAACGUUGCAAUAGAAUAAAAUUCGUUGCGUGACUCAAAAGUUUACUUUUGUAAAUUAUGCAAAGCUUUAAAUUGUUUUCGAAGUUGAAGCUCGCCGCUGGCUCGACGUUUACAUCUGUUUAGUAUUAACGUGUUAAUUAAACUGGUGCAUUAUUUUUGUGAUCAUCUAUUAAAAUGUUGAUAAAUUCGUAAAGAUUUUAUAUCGUAUGGGUGCAUUAUAUUUAACUGUAUGUUUAGGGGUCACUGAUAGUGCUGGUUUUAGAAAGAUUUUUAUGAAUACACAUCACACUUUGUAUGAUGCUAUCUCACAAUCAAUAUUGCGUAUCUGAAUAUAUGUGUCAUAAAACAGAAACUAUACAUUUGAUUUAUGUUUUAAAACAAAUUAUAAUAUUUUUCUGCAGUUCAAUUUAUUACGAUAUUCUCAAUUCACUAGCUAAACACAGAUGUAUUUGCCACCAAACAAAUUGAACCAUUGCCAGUAACGCAAAGUCAGACCAACAUCAAUGAAUUUUUAACAGUGUGUAACAAAUUAUAUAAACAUCAAUUUAUCAUUAUAUUUUCGAUUUGAAAACUAAUAUAUAAAUAACAAGAACCGCCUUUGUUUAGAAUAAUUAAUUACAUUUGUAAAGUUGUUUAUAUCAGAAUAAACCCUGUUAACAUAUUAUUAGUUUGUGUCAGUUUUAACUUUGUACUAAUUAAUUAUAUUAUUAGUUGUCGAUGUAAAUUGGUUGCAUAACAAAUAACAUAAUGGUGGCCUUAUUAUGUACUUGAAUACUUCCAGUGUAUGAUUUGUAUAGCAUUUGUUUAAGCUUUAUUGUUAGACAUUAAUGUCGCUUUAAGAAUUAGACUGAUUUAGCUAAGCGUUAAAAUGUAACUGUUAAUGGAAUUAUUAGUAAAUAAGAUGAACGACGACAUUUUAAUGUUUGUAAAAUUCCUGUGCACUUCGAUGAAUGAAUGCAACCGCAUUUGAAAACUUGCACCUUUAUAAAUCGAACGAACAGCAUAUACCCGUAAAACUAGAACAUGUUAUUAAAUUUAUUAAUGUAUUUCUGAAGUUAUAAUUGUCUACAGUGUCUUGUUGCAUACGGUCGCUACGUGUGAAACUUGAUCAUGUUUUGUCGAAGUUAAUAAUCUAAUUAUCACUUUACAACACAUGUUGUUUUCCCAAUAGUUAUAUAUCUUACAAGUCUAUUAAAGUUAAUCGUUACGAUAUUUGUUUUCGGUCAGUAAUCUCACAAAACAAGUAUUUGUUUUGAUCGCCCAAA